GGUCGGCCCUCGCCGGGAUCCCAUUCCUCCUCCCUCGGUGCAUGGUCGCGGCGGGAGCGGAGGAGGGUGAGCCCGGCGGGGCGCGGGCCGGAGGCGGCGGCGAGAGCGGAGCCCCAGCGCGGAGAAGCCGCCUCUGCCCGGCAGCGGUAUUGCCAGGCAUCUGAAGUGGUUGACUAAGACCUAAGGAUUUGGAACAGUGGUGUAUGAUGUCAAUCAGUGGGCAGUCCUUGUAGCCUCCCCCACCAGCCUGCAGUGUCAUGUGCCAGUAUGAAUGUUAAGAAAGAAACGCAUUCUUCAGAGCUCAGCAUCCCAGAAAGAAAAAAGGAGGAACUAAACAGAGGGAGCAAAUGAUUGCACUGCUUGCAAGACUUGAGGCUGUUCACCUCUUCUCCUGAGAAGCUUCAUCUUGGCCUUCGUGAGAGAGUUGAGAAAGUAGGCAGAGCAGCCACAGUGAUUGUCUUAGGGUCCUUUUCCUUUUUCAAUUUCACAUUUUCUGGAUUUUACGUGUGCUGCACUGAUCACAAGCACUGGACAUCAAUAUGUGUCAUGUCAUUGUAACGUGUCGGUCGAUGCUAUGGACUCUCCUGAGUAUCGUGGUGGCUUUUGCAGAGCUCAUUGCCUUCAUGAGUGCAGACUGGCUGAUUGGCAGAGCAAAGCCUUCAGGCUCUGAGGAGGUGGACAACAGAACGGGGGGACAGCAGGAGCCCUACCGUCCCACGCUGGGCAUCUACGGGCGCUGCACCAGGAUCUCCCACAUGCAGUUCUCUAGACGAGACACACUUUGUGGUCCUUAUGCUGAAAACUUCAGUGAGAUUGCCAGUGGGUUCUGGCAGGCAACCGCUAUUUUCCUAGCCAUGGGAAUCAUGAUUCUCUGCACCGUGGCAUUUGUAUCUGUCUUUACUAUGUGUGUGCAGAGUAUUAUGAAGAAAAGCAUUUUUAAUGUCUGUGGGCUGCUACAAGGGAUUGCAGGGCUCUUCCUUAUCUUAGGCUUGAUACUUUACCCUGCAGGUUGGGGAUGCCAGAAGGCGAUAAGCUAUUGUGGACCUUAUGCUUCUGCUUACAAACUAGGAGACUGCUCCUUGGGCUGGGCUUUCUACACAGCUAUUGGCGGCACUGUUCUGACGUUCAUCUGUGCAGUCUUCUCGGCGCAAGCUGAAAUAGCCACAUCCAGUGACAAAGUGCAAGAAGAGAUAGAAGAAGGAAAAAACCUUAUCUGCCUCCUUUAACUCCAGUGGGGAAAAAUACCAGCACCUGGAUCUUUAUCUGCUUUCCAUUGACUGGGCAAGCAGAUCCAUUUACCUGUUUUUACCAUUUGUGUGAUUGAGCCCCAUGCAUUCCAACCCUGAACUACUGAAAGGGUCUUUCUUCUUUGCUGGGCAAUGAGGAUCAGAGAAAUGAUCCCAAGAAAGCAGAAUGUAAAUACUUGGGGAUAUUUUUAGUUUCAUUCUGUGAUCAGGACACAGUGCUAUUAAUCCGACUGGGGAUGUGAGUAAUCACAUGUAUAUAACAGGAAUGUUGUUAAAACUGAAAAAUUCUGAUUGAUCGGAUUGCCUAACCCACCUUGGUCACUUUGAAGAAUUUGGGUUUAAAAUAAUAAAAGCCAGCACAUUUUUUUUUUUUAAAGCAAAAGAGAAGCCUAUUUUAAUGAGGCUUUGUUUCCAAGGGCUCCCCUCACGGGUGAAUAUUUCUUUACCAUCACCUGGUUUGGUACCAUUUUCAUGGAGGUGCUUUUUGGUAGUGAACUUCCUAGAAGUACAGUGCCUUCUUGGAUAUUAACUCUAUGUAGGAGAGAGCAAAGCUGACAUUUACACCAAUCUUAAGUCAUUUAGAAAGUCAAGUCCUUACCAGGUUUCUCUCUCUUGAAACUUAAGAGCACAAGUGUGCAACUUACUACUUAGCAGGUAAAUACUGUUUCCACUGACUAGACAGAGAAGAUGUUGUUAAGACUGGCUCUCACCCGAUUCAGAUAAAACUGAAAUAUUUCCACAGCCUUUAUUAAAACUUCUGAAAUCCCAAGCAGACAACAGCUCCCCACAGUACCAGCCUUAUCUGGGCUGCAACCUCUCCUACAACUGUGGAUUCCACAUUGUAAUUCAACGCUGUACUUUUUCUCUCGUCAGUGAAACGUCAUUCCCAGUCUACAGAUCAGUCUGUCUCAUGACCCAGACGCACAUGAGUCUUUAGGAAAUUUAAAUUUUUCAGGAAGCCUUUACAAAUUCUAUGUGGCUGGAAAGAUUUUUUUCCUUUUUUUUAUGUGUGUAGUAGUAGACCUUUUUCCAACUAAAUCUGCAGAAGUUAAACAGACGUUGCCACAAAUGCCAUUUUUUUCUCAAAGCCAGCUCGUUGUGUUAUUUGUGGUGUUGCCUCACUUACUAGAACUACUUCUGAUACGAAGUUUGUAAGGUGUUUUAACAAAGGAAUGAUGCAACUGUGCCAUAGGAGCAUUGGGGAUAACUGAUCUGAGUAGUUCUAAUUAAAUACUAGGUGAAUUUUAAAUUCCUUUUCUUAUUUCUUGGUAGUUUAACAUCAUCUAGUGACAGUAUUGCUUCACUAUUACACAGAGCAGAGAUUCUUGGUUUUGCCUGGUCAGUCCCUUAAAAUGCGCCAUUAGUUAUUAAAAAAAUGGUUGUUACUGUCCAGGAAGGCAGCUGCUCUCAAGGCACUGCUGAUGUGCUUCACAAGACAAGAGCUGUUCAGCAGUCCUGCCGGCGGGCCCGGGCAGCCUGGAGGAUUGGCGAGCAGUCACGGAGCUGGGGUCCCCUUCCAGCGCCGGCUGCCCACCACAGUGACAGAGCAGCUCCAGCCUGUGCCUCUGUGCCCAUGGCACCUGCCACCUGUGCGCUGGACAGAUACACAGGUGACCUCUGAGACGCAGUGCAACAAGGUCAACCUCUGCCUGUAUUCAAAAAGGGAUUUUUUUAACCUAGCCUCUUCUUGCAUUCACCUGCUCCUGCAACCCACAUCCACCAUCAACUACUUUAAAACAGGGAACUCACUGUUCUUUUAAAUACUGAAUUUAAAUCCCCUCCAAAAGUUAUGGUCUGGGACCAACUGCCUGCACAAAUCAAGAUUUUAAUAAAGCAAAAUUACCAGCAUGAAGUGGUGCUUGAGGGUGAAAAUAAGAACCCACACACCCUGUCCACACCUGUGUGUCUCGCUGGCUUUGCCCCAUACACAUCCCCCACACCUGAAGGACAUGCACUGGGCUUGUACUGGGGUCCAGCAAGGCUUCCUCCAGGCAUACCUCCUGAGCCCCUUCUGGAGCAUGCGCUGAACCUGGGCCACCAGCUCAGCUCUGCCCUGCCCUCCAGGGCCCUGCAGUUGGGAAAGAGGGGGUAAGCACUUGUAUGAGUACCAUAUAAACCAGCCAAAAAUUAAUUACUAAGCAGAUGUACAGUUUUAGCUUCCUUAGGUGGGUAGCAAUCCAAAGUCCAGGUCACCACUGCCAACAAGUCUUGACACAGUAUUAGGGUGAAAAAUGCUGCACUGGCUUAAGCACUUGAUUAGCCAGAAUCAGGUCAGGUUAGUCCUUACAAAGGUCGAGAGAGCAUACUCUGCUCUGGUUGAGAAGUAAACAAUGAACAACCUUCAUUCAUGUUGCUAGCUGACCUCUGCUGUGAUAUACAUGAUGCUUAAAGAGAUUUCAAUAGUACAUUUUGUUUGGGCUUGAAUUUUUUAAGUAUUAAAGAGAUUUUCAGUGGCACAUUUUGCUUUUGUUUGCAUUCGUAACCAAGGAGAACCAGCUUUUCUGCUUGUUGCUGAUAUAUUAUCAGCUUGCUCUGCAACAGCAUAAUUAACUAACUUGCAAGAAUAUCCAUGUUUGUCACAUAGUACACACAGAAGACAGGCUGGGAAGAAAUACAGAGGAGAAAUAAUCAGAAUUUCUUUUCUCAGGGUUCUGUUUUUCUAGCAAGUGAUAAGGUGGUAUAUAUAGGGAUUUUUUUUUUCCUGGAUGAGGUUUUCAGGUGCAGGGUGCACUCAUUAAAUUUCACAGCUGUUUAAAUUGCUCCUGAAGUUCACCUCAGCAGUAGCUUUCAAAGGCACUCUGGGAAAGAAAAAAGCAAAAUCAGCUUAAAGCUAAUUUAAUUGAUUUCAUGAGGGGGCUGUAGAGUGCAACUGCUUCUUAAUGUACAUGCACUGCAUAGGAUCUAGAGGAAUUUGCUGUGGAUUCUUUAAAACCUGUGUGCCAAUUAGUUCAGUUUAACUUUGUUUUGUGGUAUUGAAGAUUUCUUCAAACAUCUGUGGUUUCAUCAACUUCUUAAAACUUAUAUUCAAAAAAGUGCCAUAGACCUUUUUUUUUAAUUGUAGCAUAUUUAAAUAUAUAUAUUAUAUAUAUAUACACAGACUUGUGUGAGAUGUGCAAUACAAGGAGUGGGUUUUGUGGGGGGGGUUUGGUUAUUUUGUUGGGGUUUUUGUUUUUUGGUUUUGGGUUUUUUUUUUUGUUUGGGUUUGUUUUUUUUUUUUUUUUAAGUUUUUGCUUUUAAACAAGUGAUGGGAAAAGGGACUUCCCAGGGAAGAAGUGGCUGGAGUUUGGUGGUGUGGAUAUAGCGCAACGCAAUAAAAUCACUGAUGUUGAAGAUGAAUACAACAGUAGUAAUAGCAGGUUGAAGAUUUAACAAAAAUAUCUUCUAGAUUGAUUUGAAUUACUUAGAAUACACACACUUCCAGUGUGAAGCUGUGUCCACCUCUUGUCAUUAACACUCAAAAAGCUCAGCAAGGUUUCUUAGUGUGCUUUAUUUGUAAUGUGGCACUGCAAAAAACAUUGCUACUGAGCUCUUUCUGGGUUGUCUAUAUCACCUUUGUAUCUAUUUUACUCAAUAAAGUUCUCUGGAUUCUGAGAUAUAUAUAUUUUUUUUCAGCCAAAUAAUUUCCAUUUUGCAUUGUUANUUUUUCCCCCCCCCCCCCCCCCCCCUCCACUGGAGUUUCCCACAUCCUAGUGGUAAAUGGAGAGGAGUUCAGGCCUUCCUUGAAAGCCAUGGGCACUGGUGCCUGCACCUCAAGGAAAGGGCAGAGUCCAACAAAAGCAGAGCAUGGCAGCAAUGCAUACACAGCUCCUCGGUACAGGAAGAGCGGCUGCAGCAAUCCAGCUACAGUAGGUUUUGAGCCAUGGUUUAUUUGUGGUACUGUUUUUCUGUUCUUGACUCACCACUAUGUACAACUGUUAGCAUGAAUGAUGUACCUAAUGUCUUCUUUUUAAUCUAAAUCUCAAUUAAAUGUGAGUUUUUUAACUUUUAACAGGAGUCUGACUACCUUAAUACAAGCAUAUUGGACAAGUUGAGCCAAGCUGCGCUUUGACUGUAGCUUUAAUAGCAUUUAAGAUCCCAAUCCAAUGAUGUAUUUCAGAUUCCCAUCUGACUUAAACAGUUAUUACUACUUACUGAUCAGAAUUAUGUGAUCUGAAAUUGUAACUUUGUGUUAUAUAAUACAGUUGCAUUAAAGAGACUUUCCAGUUGAA